AAACAAAAAGGGCAAAAAAGACCUGAAGCUUUGGGGGGGACACCUGCAUUAGGUCCCACUAGUUCACCCGUGACACCGUAAAAGGAAAACACGAAGUCGCCACGUUAUCAAAAAUAGCAAGCCACGUCAAUACAGUCUCACUGUCACAACCACUUAUACUUACUAUUUUUCACAAUUUAAGAUGCUAUUUUUUUUUUGUUUAUAUAAACCCACCAGCUUGCUCCUUAAUUUCUUUACGAACAACAAACAUAUAAAGCGAUAAAAAAACGAGAGAGAGAAAGAGAGAGAGAGAAAAAAAUAUAUAGAUAUGGAGGACGACAAUAAUAACACCAACACCAACACCAACACCAACAACGUGAUCGCACCUUUCAUAGUGAAAACUUAUCAGAUGGUCAACGAUCCUUCGACCGAUUGGCUCAUCACUUGGGGACCUGCUCAUAACAGCUUCAUAGUCGUUGAUCCUCUCGACUUCUCUCAACGGAUCUUGCCUGCUUAUUUCAAACACAACAAUUUUAGCAGCUUCGUUCGCCAACUCAAUACCUAUGGGUUUAGGAAAGUGGAUCCGGACAGGUGGGAGUUUGCGAACGAACAUUUCUUGAGAGGGCAGAAGCACUUACUAAGGAACAUAGCACGUAGGAAACACGCGCGUGGGAUGUACGGUCAAGAUUUGGAGGACGGCGAGAUCGUGAGGGAGAUCGAACGGUUGAAAGAGGAGCAAAGAGAGCUAGAAGCUGAGAUUCAGAAGAUGAACCAAAGGAUCGAAGCGNAUAUAUUCUCUCUUUUUUCACUUUCUAAGAUAUUUUAG